AUGCUCAAAGAUGCAGACCACCCGCGAUGGCAAGAUGAAGAAAUCGAGACAUACGUCGCCGAGCGUAUGGCCGACUCGAACGGCCUUCGGAAACCUGCCGACGUGGAUGCUCAUGAGGCUCAGAACACGGACUACUACACAGCGGACCGUGCACGACAUGACGCUGCCAGUAUCUUGGGUCCUCGGUACGCGGAAGUUGUCCGAAAAUGUAUCCAAUGUGAUUUCGGGCCUGUGGAUGAUUUGGAGAAAGCUAAACUGCAGGAAGCUUCCCACCAAGAUGUCAUCUACGAGUUAGAGGAGCUGGAGGAAAGAUUUCGUAGGUUUGCGGUAGCCAUCUGA